CAUCUAACUCAAUGAAGAAAAAGAAGGAAGAAAUAGUUUUGCUCAAUUCUAGGAAAUUACUGAGAGAGGAGAGACUGUUGUCUCCCUCACAGUGGACAUUUUGGGACGAGCAGCGGCGACAAUACGUGAAGAUCCUGCUGCGGAAAGCGAUGGCGUACCCAUCUGGGGGGUUGUUGAAGGAGCUGUGUCUGCGCUUCAUCAGCUUGCGUCGCAUCCCUCCGUUGCUUCUCAGCUAUGUGACGACCCAUCAUUCAUAGCACUCAUCGUCGAAUUUCUUCAAAGAAGCGAUGUAUCCGGUGCGGAAGACGAGUUACUUGAACGUGAACUAUUGGGAUUGUUGUACCAGUUGAGCAAAACUCCGGAAGGAGCUCGAACAGUGGAAGAAGCUGGUGUUACUCCUACUCUCGUCGAAGCCAUGCGCUCAGAGCAUAAAUCUGUGGCCACCUAUGCUUCAGGUGUUUUGAAGAAUUUGGAAAAUGACAAGCCUGCACCUUACAGACAGGAUUUGGAUGCUGAGUUGUCUUCGGGAUGGCAAAGAGAUGGCUUGGAGCCAGAGCUGUUUGGAGAAAUGUACCCGGUUCAUGGCAUGGAACGUAUCGACCAUUUUCCUACACCUCCCAAUAACAGCAGCUGGUUUGAUACGGACCUCUGA